AUGACUGCUGUGGCAUCACCACCUAGUGUUGAAUCGGGGUCUCGCUUGGGAUGGUACAGCUCUGGUAACGGAGGACAAGGAGCUUUGUCUUCAGUGAACGCGGACGACGUGUCACGGAUGUUUAUGCCACGGAAACAAGUUCAACGUUCGAACUCCUCUUCCUCCCUAGGGUCCAACUCUUCGAUCUCAUCUACAUCCACCGUGACUGCUUCUCCACAAGAUACCCAUGCCGCGCAAGGUCCCAUCGGUGAAUCAGGAACUUGGUCAUCAGCAAAAAAGAAGCCUCCAAAGAACAUCUGGCCCAGCUCGAAGUCUGAGCCGGUAUCUGGGGUAACAAACACGCGAUCGCAGGCAGUCUCUGCUUUCUCAUCGGGCCCGAGCGCAUCCUCGACGAUGUCCGCAAUGCACCAGCCUUCAAACAUCGUCCCAUCGCAGCAGAUGCCGCAACCCCCGCAACAAAAUGGCGUCCGUAUGCCCAACGGACAACCUCCUGACAACCCCGCAAUCUUGAUUCUGUUGCCAAUGAAUGGAACUUUUGAUAGGAAACAAAUCAAUGUGCCACACUAUCCCGAUGUCCUGCGAAUCGGGCGACAAACAAAUGCCAAAACCGUGCCUACGCCUCUCAAUGGGUUCUUUGACUCGAAGGUUCUCUCUCGGCAACAUGCUGAAAUAUGGGCCGAUAAGUCUGGUAAAGUCUGGAUUCGAGAUGUCAAAUCUUCAAACGGCACAUUCGUGAAUGGCCACCGAUUGUCGCCUGAGAACCGUGAGUCGGAGCCACACGAACUACGAGAAGGCGAUACGCUCGAGCUAGGUAUUGAUAUUGUUAGCGAGGACCAAUCUACCAUUGUCCAUCACAAAGUCUCCUCUAAGGUUGAACAUGCCGGAACCUAUGGGACGACUCCUAAUAUUCUUGAUCUUAACUUCGGAGACUUGGAUCCCGCCUCUGGAGGUGGACUUCUUCCUUCGCCUUUGAGCCAACCACUCUCCCAUAUGCGCGGGCGAACCGGCAGCAAUGCGAGUAGCCGAAGUGUCCAGAGUGUUGCUAGCACUCAACUUAAUGCUUUACAUCAACAACGGCAGAUGAACUACUGGAAUUCCCCAAUCUCCAUUGAGCAGGUUGUCAAGCGACUCACGGGCGAACUGAAAUCCGCAAAACAACAGACGACAGAUCUUUCUCAAACCGACGAAUUUUUGUCGACAAUCAUGAAGCCAGGCUAUGCAGAGAAAGAAAAGCUUGCGAAACCUUCUCCUUUGGAGAGUAGUGCUCAUCGGCAGAUGAAUGGCCGGCCUAAAAUGCCUCGAGUCGACUCUUUUUCAAGAUUUUCCGAUCCUCCUGCACCUCCUCCUCAACAGCCCCUACCGGAGAAACCGGAUGCGUUGCCACGAAGUGCCCCGGAAUCAUUCUCGUCUUUGAAGCGUAGCGAUACGGAGAAGCCGAAAAGUGGUACUGGUUCACCCGUUUCCCGUGAUUCCAGUCAAAUCUUGAACCUCAUUGAGGCGCUUUCCUCUGCCAAGCGAGAAAUCGAAACUCAAGGAACUCGUGUCAAGGAACUAGAGAUCAUGCUGUUCCAGGAGCAAGCUGCUAGAAAACUGGCAGAAGAAAAAGUGAAUGAACUGGAGAUGCACUCCGCAUCAGUUGCCGAAGAAGUCAAAGCCGAUGAUGACAUUGAUCCACCUUCAGAGAACGGUGUUCACGAGAAUGAGCAGGACAGUGCAGAAGUUACCGUGCAGGUCAACGGCAUUCAUCCUGAGACUUCUAUUUCCGAUGAUAGCCAGACAGAGCCUCCUGUGGAAGACAAGUCUACUGAGCUUCAAAACCGCCUGGAUAUUAUGAUGGAAGAAAUGGCAGAGAUGAGAAAUCAAAUGGUAUCCUUCAGAGAUCGUGCGGAGAAGGCUGAGGAUGAGACCACCCAGUCUCGCAAGUCAUUGGCUGAAAUGGUCGAAACUCUGCGUCAGGAGCGCGCCGAGAAGGAAUCACUGGCGGCCCUUAAUAAGAAAAUUGAUAGGCAUGAUUCUGAACCAAGCAAUGACUCGUCGGAACACUCGCUUGCGAGCGCUGGUAUCCCAGCGGAUUCCAAGACGAAGCCUUCAUCGAUGCAGAGCAUUGAUACAGCCGCUUCGCAGAAUAAAGACAUCGAUGCUGCGAGCACAACGUUUGCAACACAAUGCCAUCGAUACAACUAUGUGGAAGAGGCAAGUCCUUAUGCCUCUAUGUUUGGCGUGGUCUUAUUAGGAGUAGGCCUGAUGGCCUAUCUCAACGGUUGGCAAAAGAUGGACAAAUAA